CGGGAACUCCGGUGGGCGGGGCUGGCGGAGAAUUGAUCCGGGAAAGAAGAUGGCGGCCGCCAGGUAGCGGGAAACCGGAGAGAGCGGAGACCGGAGCGACCGGCAAUGGUGGGCGUGUCCCGUGUUCCACCAUCCUGGACAGGAGCUCCCUUCAGGUCCUCUUAGCUGUUUCAGCCAAUGGAGAGGUCGCCUGGAAUAAAGUGUCGGAUGUCUUCCAGGUCGGAGGUUCCCACCUCACAACACAAACCAGCCAGAUACAGAAAUGCCUCGGCGUCCAGCUCUGGGCCCCUCCCUGCCAGUCACAGGGCCCCUCCUCCACUAGCUGGCAAUGUAUCUGGAGGAAAACAUGUCCUGAUUACUGAAGUACUAAAACCUCCAGAGCCUCCCAUUCCCCUCCAAAGGACUCCACAGACAGUUCCUGGAGCUCCUCACACCCAGCCUGGAAGAGACUUGCCUCCCCUUUCAGGAGGACCAGGGACAGGUCCUCUUGUCACCAUGCAGAGGCAAUCCCGGCCUAAUCCAUUGGCCACAAGGAAGGAAAUCUCUCCCCCUGUAAAUAAGAAAAGUUUGAGGACUGAACCACCUGGAGGCCACAACCUCUCCGAAUGUGAUUCCUCAGACUGUCCACACAGACCGUCCACCCCUCAGCCGUCAGAUGAGACGCUCCGUGUACAGAAUGGUGGGGAACAGAAACUCCCCCGAGGGGACGAUGCCACCUCCCCCUCCAUCCAGACUCCCCUAAGAACUGAGGCAGACCAGCCUAGACCCCAAACUCAAUCCAGUCUCAUAAGACCCAUAAUGGGAUGUUCUCCAACCAGCGUCCAACGGAGAAAUAACACGGAUUCCUCUUCAACCAGCACCAGUCAGUCAACAGCCACCACCAAAUCCUCUCCAAACGAUCCCAAUCCAUUGAGACCCGCCGCCAAAUCCUCUCCAACCGAUCCCAAUCCAUUGAGACCCGCUGCCAAAACUGAUAUCAGUCAAUGUAGACUGAUCACCACAACCUCACCAACAACUGUUUCUGGUCAGUCGGGACCUACAGCUCAGUCUGCUCAUAUUACCGACUCUGUUCCACUCAGGCCCACCACCAGAUCUCCACCGAGAACCGACUCUGUUCAGCUGAGACCCACCACCAGAUCUCCACCGAGAACCGACUCCACUCAGCUGAGACCCACCACCAGAUCUCCACCGAGAACCGAUUCCGUUCAGCUGAGACCCACCACCAGAUCUCCUCCAAGAACUGACUCUAUACAGCUGAGACCCACCACCAGAUCUCCACCGAGAACCGACUCCACUCAGCUGAGACCCACCACCAGAUCUCCUCCAAGAACUGAUUCCGCUCAGCUGAGGCCCACCACCAGAUCUCCAAGAACUGAUUCUGCUCAGCUGAGGCCCACCACCAGAUCUCCUCCAAGAACCGACUUCGCUCAGCUGAGACCCACCACUAGAUCUCCUCCAAGAACUGAUUCCGCUCAGCUGAGACCCACCACCAGAUCUCCUCUGAGAACUGAUUCCGCUCAGCUGAGACCCACCACCAGAUCUCCCCUGAGAACCGACUCCACUCAGCUGAGGCCCACCACCAGAUCUCCUCCGAGAACCGCCUUUGCUCAGCUGAGACCCACCACCAGAUCUCCUCCGAGAACUGAUUCCGCUCAGCUGAGGCCCACCACCAGAUCUCCUCCGAGAACCGACUCCGCUCAGCUGAGGCCCACCACCAGAUCUCCUUCGAGAACCGACUCCGCUCAGCUGAAGCCCACCACCGGGUCUCCUCCAAGAACCGCCUUCGCUCAGCUGAGGCCCACCACUAGAUCUCCUCCAAGAACUAAUUCCGCUCAGCUGAAGCCCACCACCAGAUCUCCUCCGAGAACUGACUCUAUUCAGCCGAAGCCCACCACCAGAUCUCCUCCGAGAACUGACUCUAUUCAGCUGAAGCCCACCACCAGAUCUCCUCAGAGAUCCACCAAGUCUCAGAAAGGUGGGCGAAGGUCGGUGAAACGGCAGAAUGAAGCUCCUCAGCCUAGUCCUGUUACUGACAGCGCUGUGAGGGUUUGUGAUCAGAGUAAUGAAGACAGUCUUGGCGGCAAACCUUCUACCCAUAGUAAGGUUUCUCCAGGAGAUUCACAGCAGCAAUCUGUGGCCAAGCAUGAAAAGACGCCCAACAGACUGGAUGGGGACUGUGCCUCCCCCUGUAGUAAUUCAACUCCCAGAAAGAGUCAUCUUCCAGAGGAAGAAGAUGGUGAGGAGGGUUCAGGACUCUUCAUUCCUGUAGAUGAGGAGGAGUCAAGUGAUGAGAGGAAGAAGAGGAAGCGGCUUCCAGGUAAGAAGAGGAGAGAGAACAGGCCGGAGGAUGACGCCCCCCCGGUAUCAAGCGACCAGGACCAGGAUCUGGAAAGAGCCCUGGAGGAUGGAGCCAAACAGCACAACCUCACUGUGGUCAAUGUCCGCAACAUCCUACAUGAAGUGAUUACCAAUGAGCAUGUCGUGGCCAUGAUGAAAGCCGCCAUUAACGAGACGGAAGGUCUGCCUCUCUUUGAGCCAAAAAUGACCCGAUCCAAACUGAAGGAGGUGGUGGAGAAGGGAGUGGUCAUACCCACCUGGAAUCUUUCUCCAAUCAAGAAAGCCAACAAAGUUCAGGCCCCCCAGUUUGUAGACAUUGCUCUGGAGGAAGAAGAUUCAUCUGAUGAAGAAUACCAACCUGAUGAGGAGGAGGAGGAUGAGGAGAGUCUGCUGGAGAGUGAUGUGGAGAGUACGGCGUCCUCGCCCCGUGGACACAAACGCCUGAGAGCGCAGAAUUUGUCGGAGUCUCAGGAGGAGGAAGCGGCCGAGGGUCAGAAUGCUUCACUCUCUAGUGCGAGGCAUAUCUGCUUCGAGUCGGUCCCUAUGGGCCCCCCGCCACCUCCUAAGGUGAAGCACGCCCCGGAUUUCGCCUUUAUGGAGAAGCUGCACGCGGUGGAUGAGGAGUUGGAGCGACAUCUCGUCAGUAUUGAUUCCUUCCAGACCUUAGACGAGAGCCUCAUCGCCUUCCGCACUCGUUCCAAGCGGCCUCUGAAGGAUGUGCCUAUGGGGCGGCUGGAGGCGGAGCUGCAUGCCCCUGACAUCACACCGGACAUGUAUGACCUCAGCACAGCCGAUGACGAGUACUGGAAGGUGUGGCUGCGCAGCCUCAUGCAGGACGAUGUGGGAAAUGAAGAUGAAGGGGAUGAUGAUGAAGAUGAUGAUCCGGAGUACAAUAUUCUGGAGGACUGGGAUGAGCCGGAUACGGAGGACCUGCGCAACGAUCGAGCCGUCCGGAUCACCAAAAAGGAGGUGAACGAGUUGAUGGAGGAGCUCUUUGAGACGUUUCAGGAUGAGAUGGGAAUCUCGCACUUGGAAGACGAGGGGCCAGAUGAUGACAGUAGUUCUGACCCUUUCCCAGAUUUCAACACCCCACAAGCCAUGAGGUUUGAGGAGCCUCUGGCUAACCUUCUGACGGAGCAGCAUCGCACGGUCAGGGCACAGCUGGAGUUUCUGCGGAUGAGGAAAUCCAUGAUGAAGUCAGAUGAUGACAAAUCUGUGAGAGACCCCGACAUACCAAAGCCCCCGUCACCCAGAGCCCCCCCAGUCCUGACGCUGGAUGUAAUGCAGAGGAAAAGGCUGCAGCAGCAGAUGCAACAGCACAUCCAGCUCCUGACGCAGCUUCAUCUCCUGACCUUCCGGAACCCGGGGCUGAGCGUGGAAGCCGAGACUGCGCAAAUGUACCUGGUGGAAUUGUCCAGCUUUGCAGAGAGCUCCUCUCUAUCCCAUCAGCAAACUCCUGGAUUCCAGAGCGCAUUCCACCCGUGCAACCUGCGGGAGGCGCUGCAGCUGAUCCCCUUGGUACAUAGCCAAGUUCCAGAGGACCCCGAAUCCCCCAUACCAGCCAGAAAGAACGGUAACGAGGUGUCGGAUUUACCCAAACACAUGGCCUGGGUUAUAGCUACACGGCCUGUCUUCAUGUAUCCUGAGCUGCUGCCUGUGUGCUCCAUGAGGGCCCGGGGCCCCAGGGACAGGACCUUCUUCACCAAGGCUGAGGACAGUUUGCUGGCUCUCGGUUUAAAGCACUUCGAAGGAACGGAAUUCUCCAAACAGCUGAUCAGCAAAUUUCUCCUAACGGCCAAAACGGCCCAACAACUGACGGUGCGGAUCAAGAACCUGACCAUGAAGAAGUCACCGGACAACGUCAUCAAGUAUUACAAGAAGAACAAGAUGUUGCCACCACUGAGCAGAUGCUGUGAGGAUAUCCUCCCUCAGAAUAUGCGCCCCCCAGUGGAGAGGGAGAAACUUAAACUACCAUUCUGGAUAAAGGCCAGUCUGAGCAGCAUUGAGGCCUACAUGAAAAACACAGAAUCCCGCAACUCCGGAUACCCUCUGCUCCUCCCACCCGCCGUGGCCAUGACUCUCAAACCUCUUUCCAGGCGUUUCUAUCGCAAAUUGUGGCGCCAGAAGAGGUCUGCACUGAAGCCGCUCCUGAUCCGUCCUCCUGCUGGCACCACCUGUGCCCCCAAAUUACUGGCUAAACCUGCGCCCCCCCAGACUGUCCCCAUCAGGAUCAUUAGCCAGGUGCCGCCCUUCAUGCAGCCCGCCGUCCCCAUUCAAGGAAUCGUCAAUAUUCAGCCAGUCGGGGUGCCGCUUGGCCGUAAGGGGCCUGAGAUUUGCACCCCCAUCUCUAAUAAGAGGACGGUGUGUGCCAAACCUGCAGGCGCUUCCGUCACUCACAUCUCUGUACCUCAGACCAGGAUGAUUAUGCCCACCACAGCGAACCAACGAAUCAGGAGGUCCCUGCUGGGCGGCAUUCCUAAGAUAAAGACGGUUCCCCGUAUGGUGGGCAUAAAGGCGGCUCCCCUGGUGCACUCGGGUCCCGUCCUCCUCGCCGUGCCUAAUGGAAUGUUGAAGCUGGUAAGUCUGGGAACACCGUGCAGAGUCCUUCAGCCAAUCACCACCGUCGUCCUUAAUCCCACCCACAUGCCUCUCAGCCAAUCGCUGAUAACUCCCCCCUACAAGCAGGUCCAGAAGACUGUAUGUUUGGGGUCUGGCGUUGGUGGGGGGCACACCAGCCCCACAUUGGAGGCUGAUGAGUCUAUCAAGAAGGCCGAGGAUGAUCUAAUGUUUGAGAUGAAGGAUGAGGAUGAUCUAGUGGUUGAAAUGGAGGCCGAGGACCAUCUAGUGGUUGAAAUGGAGGACGAUCUAGUGGUUGAGAUGAAGGACGAUCUAGUGGUUGAAAUGAAGGCCAAGGACGAUCUAGUGGUUGAGAUGAAGGCCAAGGACGAUCUAGUGGUUGAAAUGAAGGCCGAGGACGAUCUAGUGGUUGAGAUGAAGGCCGAGGACGAUCUAGUGGUUGAGAUGAAGGCCAAGGACGAUCUAGUGGUUGAGAUGAAGGCCAAGGACGAUCUAGUGGUUGAGAUGAAGGCCGAGGACGAUCUAGUGGUUGAGAUGAAGGCCAAGGACAAUCUAGUGGUUGAAAUGAAGGAUGAGGACAAUCUAGUGGUUGAGACUAAGGCCGAGGACGAUCCGGAGUGUGCAGCGGAAGGGAGCCCUGAUGGGGAACAGAACCAAGAUGGCGGGGAAUCGGACGGUGCUGGGGAGCCGUCGGAGGACAAACCUCCUAAAGAAUCAGAACGCUCCUCUGAUAUCUCAGAUCAUGUGACUGAAAACGAUGACAAGUCCACGGUGAAUCCGCAGAGUAGCCCCAGUGCUGGGGGUGCACCUUGUACUUCAGGUGGGGGGCAGUCACACUCCGGGGAGGGGCAAAAUUCUGAAGUUUCCCUGAAGGAGGACAGAGACCUAAAACAGGAGGAUAUGGAAGAGCCGGAGGACGGCAACGAGCCCCAAAAGCAGGAGAGCGGAGGAGGUGCUGCAGACUCCCCGAAGAACACAUCACCCUCUACUGACGGGGACGUAGAGAUCAGCAGUCCCUCCAGUGCCCCAAGAGAAUUUUGUAGUCCUCCUCCAGGUGGACAGGACCUGACCAUUGACAAGGACGGUGCAGAGGAAGAGGAAGAAGAGGACUUUGAUGACCUGACCCAGGAUGAGGAUGAGAUGUCCUCUGCAUCUGAGGAGUCCGUUCUGUCUGUUCCAGAGCUGCAGGAGACCAUGGAGAAGCUGACGUGGUUGGCCUCGGAGAGACGGCUGAGCCAGGAGGCGGACUCGGAGGAGAACUCCCAGGAGGAGAACACGGAGGAGGAGGAAGAGGAGGACGUAGCCGAGGUGUCAUUACACAAAGCAGAGGAGAUGACAGAUGAGACGGGGGAGGAGGGGGAAAAACUGGACGCCUCUCACCUUCGGGUCCCUUCUCCGGCCCCCGUGGAGACCAACGUCGCCCCUGCUGGAGAAAGGAGACGUGCGGGCUCCAAGGGCCCCAGUGCCCAUCGUGUCCGGAACAGAAGAGGGCGCACACGAGCCAGCAAGGACUCCUCCAAACUGCUGCUGCUCUAUGAUGAGAAGAUCCUCCUAAAGGACCCCCUGAGGGAGCAGAAGGACAUGGCGUACGCUCGCUCCUACCUCAACAGGGUACGGGAAGCUCUGCAGCCGAUCCCGGGGACAUAUGAACAGUUCCUGAACAUCAUCUAUGAGUACGAGAUGCGGAGCAGUAAGAGGACGGCGGUGGAUCUGUUCGAGCGUCUCCAACAUCUCCUCCAGGACUGGCCUCAGCUCCUCAAAGACUUCGCUGCCUUCCUUCUCCCGGAACAAGCUCUGGAGUGCGGCCUGUUUGAAGAGCAGCAAGCGUUUGAGAAGAGCCGGCGAUUCCUGCGCCAGUUAGAGAUUUGUUUUAAGGAGAACCCCGCUCAUCACCAGAAGAUCAUCAAACUGCUACAGAGCUGUGCGGAGUGCCCCCUGCAGGAGAUUGGCAAGCUGAAGACUCAGAUGUUUCAGUUGCUGAAGGGCCACCAUCACCUUCAGGAAGAGUUCUCACUUUUCUUCGAUCAGCUGAGACCUCCCGCCAGCCGCAUGGAGGAUUUCGAGGUUAUGAAUUGGACGGAGGAAAAGGAAUACAAGUUUGAUGGAUUUGAAGAAGUGACAUUACCGGAAGUGGAGGAGGAGGAGGAGCCAAACAAAGUGCCCCCAACACAGAGGAACAAGAGGAGGAAGGAAGCGAGCCAGAGCCAAGACAAGGAUGUGGAUUGGCUGGAAGGCGGGAAGGACUGCCCGUGUUCUUGUCAUGACGGAGGGGCGGAGCAGAGGCUGAAGCGAUGUAAGAGGCGGCUGUGCGGUCCCUGUAGCAGUAAGGCCUGUGACAAUCGCUCCCAGAGAUCGGCCGAUGCGUUUCGUCAGAGCUCAGCAGGUGACGGGAAGUCUCUGCUGAAGAGCUCGGGGGAGGAGAGGACUGGGACCGCCCACAGAUCUCGCUCCACCCUGCAUGGGCGCGGCAUCACCGAAGGCACCAGCAAACCGCGGACUCAAGCGAAGGAUAGCGGGCGCUCCGCCCUGCGAGGGCCACGCAAACCUCUAGCCUCGAAGGAUCCGCCUCCUGCCCCAAUCGAAAAAGAGAGUGAGCGCUCCCCACAGUCCCAUUCUGGUCCCUGCACUCCAGCAGAGGGCGCCACCCGCUGCCCCACACCCACCGCCUCCCUCUGCGAGCCGAUCCCCACCGCUGAGAACUCCGCCCUCCAGCCUGCCGCCGAUCAGGAGGAGCAGACGCUCACCGUGUGCGCCAAGAACAUUCGCCUCAGCUCCAGCGGAGAGAAGGUCAUUGUGUGGACCAGGGAGGCGGAUCGAGUCAUCCUCACCAUGUGCCAGGAGCGAGGAGCGCAUGACCAGACGUUCGGAGCCGUCUCCGAGCAACUCGGCAACAAGAGUCCUUCUGAGGUGGCUCAACGAUUCCGGGAACUCAUCAGUCUCUUCCAGACGGGUUGUGUUACCAGUUCAGACGAGGAGGAGGAAGAGGAGGACGCCGUAGUGCUGGAGGAAAAUGUGUCUGACCCGGAAGCUGCCCAGUCUGAGGAGGAUUAGAGUGACCUGGACACGCCCACCCUGAGGAGGAUCCAUGAUGGACACACCCAGUCUGAGGAGGAUUAGAGUGACAUGGACACGCCCACCCUGAGGAGGAUCCAUGAUGGACACACCCAGUCUGAGGAGGAUUAGAGUGACAUGGACACGCCCACCCUGAGGAGGAUCCAUGAUGGACACACCCAGUCUGAGGAGGAUUAGAGUGACAUGGACACGCCCACCCUGAGGAGGAUCCAUGAUGGACACACCCAGUCUGAGGAGGAUUACUGUGACAUGGACACGCCCACUCUGAGGAGGAUCCAUGAUGGACACACCCAGUCUGAGGAUUAGUGUGACAUGGACACGCCCACUCUGAGGAGGAUCCAUGAUGGACACACCCAGUCUGAGGAGGAUUACUGUGACAUGGACACGCCCAGUCUGAGGAGGAUUACUGUGACAUGGACACGCCCAGUCUGAGGAUGAUCCAUACAAUGGACAUGCCCACUCUGGGCAGGAUUAGUAUGACAAACAUGCCCACUCUUAGGAGGAUCUCUGACAUGGACACACCCACUCUGAGGGAAUCACUAUGACAUGGACACGCCCAUUUUGAGGGGGGUUCUAUGACACGGACACGCCCAUUUUGAGGGGGAUCGCUAUGACAUGGACACACCCAGUUUUAGGGGGAUCGCUAUGACAUGGGCACACCCAGUUUGAGGGGAUCAUUAUGACAUGGACACGCCCAGUUUGAGGGGGAUCAUUAUGACAUGGACACGCCCAGUUUGAGGGGGUCACUAUGACAUGGACAUGCCCAGUUUGAGGGGGAUCACUAUGACAUGGACAUGCCCAGUUUGAGGGGGAUCAUUGUGACAUGGACACGCCCAGUUUGAGGGGAUCAUUAUGACAUGGACACGCCCAGUUUGAGGGGGAUCAUUGUGACAUGGACACACCCAGUUUGAGGGGGAUCAUUGUGACAUGGACACGCCCAGUUUGAGGGGGAUCAUUGUGACAUGGACACGCCCAGUUUGAGGGGGAUCAUUAUGACAUGGACACACCCAGUUUGAGGGGAUCAUUAUGACAUGGACACACCCAGUUUGAGGGGGAUCAUUGUGACAUGGACACGCCCAGUUUGAGGGGGAUCAUUAUGACAUGGACACGCCCAGUUUGAGGGGGAUCAUUGUGGCAUGGACACGCCCAGUUUUAGGGGAUCAUUAUGACAUGGACACGCCCCAUUUGAGGGGGAUCAUUGUGGCAUGGACACGCCCAGUUUGAGGGGGAUCAUUGUGGCAUGGACACGCCCAGUUUUAGGGGAUCAUUAUGACAUGGACACGCCCCAUUUGAGGGGGGGAUCACUAUGACAUGGACAUAUGAUAUUUGUACAGAUUGUUUUUAGGAUGUAUUAUUAUUAUUUGUGACAUAAAAUUGUCAGUUUUGUGGUGAUCAGAA